CACGCCUGGAGUAGGGUCAUGGUGGGAUAGUGUGGUGUCGGGGGGAUGCAUCCAUCCCUGGCCCCCUAACAGCCAGCAGAGCAGAGCUGGUAGCCGGGCCCUGCCCCUCAGAUCAGAUAAACUGCCAUGCUCCUGAAGGCCCCCUCCUCCUGAAAGGACUUUAGUCUUUGGAGCUGUCGGCUGAGCUGGGUGAGGCAGGAGAUCUUCAGGUGGUGAAGGGAAGGAGGGAACACAGGCAACGACCACCUGCUGCCCACUCAAGACUCCCAGCAUGGAGGCCAGGGAGGCCCAUUUGCGGAGGAGACGAGGGCUGGAAAGAGAGGAGGACCCACCCUCUGAAGAAGGAAACACUGAGCUGGACAGCGCCCCAGACUUGGUGCAAUGGACCCGACAUAUGGAGGUGAGGGGCAUCAAGGUCAGAGGUCAAAAUGGACAGCUCCUACAGUGGCAGGAGGCAGGGGCUGUGAAGACACAGUUGCUAGAAGGAGCACUGAGACAGUUGACGGAGCUGCUGGAUCAGGCUGUGUGGGAGGCUGUCCAAUCCUAUCCACCACAGGGCAGACCCCUGCCUUCCAUUCCCCCAGAUUCCUUGAGCAAGACCCAAAAGCCAUCCUUGGGGAAACAGAAAGUUUUCAUCAUCCGCAAGUCCCUGCUUGAUGAGCUGAUGGAGAUCCAGCAUUUCCGCACCAUCUACCACAUGUUCAUUGCCGGCCUGUGUGUCUUCAUCAUCAGCACCCUGGCCAUCGACUUCAUCGAUGAGGGCAGGCUGGUGCUGGAGUUGGACCUACUGAUCUUCAGCUUCGGACAGCUGCCUUUGACGCUGGUGACAUGGGUCCCCAUGUUCCUGUCCACUCUGCUGGCCCCCUACCAGGCCCUGCGGCUGUGGGCGAGGCCCCGGGCGGGGGGCGCCUGGACCCUGGGGGCGGGGCUGGGCUGCGUGCUGCUGGCCGUCCACACCGCGGUGCUCGGCGCCCUCCCGCUCCACGUGGCUGUGAAGCAGGAGCUCCCGCCGGCCUCCCGCUGUAUCCUAGUCUUUGAGCAGGGACUUGAGAGAGGCUCGAAGGAAAUGCAAACGACAUGGGCGCUGCUAAACAAAUAUAAUCCAACUCCGCGGAGAGUCACAGAGGCUUCGCAGGUCAGGUUCCUGAUGAAAAGCUACUCCUUCCUGAGAGAGGCUGUGCCUAGAAUUCUUCAGGCCAGGGGAGGUGAGAUCCAGGCCCCCAGUUUCUCCAGCUACCUCUACUUCCUCUUCUGCCCCACACUCAUCUACAGGGAUAAUUACCCCAGGACACCCCACAUCAGGUGGAAUUAUGUGGCCAAGAACUUUGCCCAGGCCCUGGGCUGUGUGCUCUAUGCCUGCUUCAUCCUGAGCCGCCUCUGUGUCCCUGUCUUUGCCAACAUGAGCCGGGAGCCCUUCAGCACCCGUGCCCUGGUGCUCUCGAUUCUGCAUGCCACCUUGCCGGGCAUCUUCAUGCUCCUGCUAAUCUUCUUCGCCUUCCUCCACUGCUGGCUCAACGCUUUUGCGGAGAUGCUGCGAUUUGGAGACAGGAUGUUCUACCGGGACUGGUGGAACUCAACAUCCUUCUCCAACUACUACCGCACGUGGAAUGUGGUGGUCCACGAUUGGCUGUACAGCUAUGUGUAUCAGGAUGGGCUAUGGCUCCUUGGUGGCCGGGCCAGAGGGGCAGCCAUGUUGGGCGUGUUUCUGGUUUCUGCGUUGGUUCAUGAGUACAUCUUCUGCUUCGUCCUGGGGUUCUUCUACCCCGUCAUGCUGAUGCUCUUCCUUGUCAUUGGAGGGCCCCUGAACUUCGCAAUGCAUGACCGGCACACGGGUCCAGCAUGGAACGUGCUAAUGUGGACCCUGCUCUUUCUGGGCCAGGGCAUCCAGGUCAGCCUGUACUGCCAGGAAUGGUAUGCACGGCGGCACUGCCCCCUGCCCCAGUUUCCAGAUGACAUCAUCAAGUUCUCUGCCUGCAAAGCCUGGACCAGGGCUCCUCCCUCUGUACUCCCAGACCUGACUCUGAGUCAGGGAAGUCUGGAAUACAUGACUCCACCAAGGAAUCCCAAGGACUGAGGUCUGUGGACCUGUGGGCAGCUGAGCAUGGAUGCAGGAUGGGGAUGACUCUUGAGCCCAUCCCCAUGGACUGGGGACAGGGUCCUCCACACCCCAUGGCUGUCCAGAUUUGGGGAGACUUGAGGGGACUUACAGACUUGGUGCAUGUCAGGGGACUCAGAGGAACUGGGACCUCCAAUGUUCUAGAAGGAUUUGCUUCUUGACUUUGUACUAUGAUGCAAAAAUAAACUCCA